GUGGUUCUUUUAUGGUUUUUGCAGUUAAAAUCUAGACCUGACAGCCUGUUUUCAUCCCUUCAGUCCAAAUAUAGUGAGGAUUAUACAAUGACUAAGUCGUUGUUUGGGACUUGAGAGCAAAGCACACUCCUAAGAAGAGAUCAACUUUGAAUAGUGGUGGACAUAGUUAUCCUAUUUAUGGAUUAAAUAUUGUUGGAUCACAGAAUGCAAAUAACUUAAUAUCUGCAUCAAAUGAUGGAAGAAUAUGUAUAUGGAAUUUAGCUUAAUUUAAUUAACCACAAAAAAAACAAUCAUAGAUUUGAAAACCAAGAAUAAAUAAUAAUUAACAAACCUUUAGGUUGAA